UCCUCCUUUCGACAUAGGAAACAUUCAUGUUGUUUGCAGAUUGCAGCACUUCUCGUACACGCGCUAUCACUAUCAGGUAGUAAAACUAGGUGCACGUUUUGUCAACAUCAAUGAAACAUAACCUCGACGGCAGAAAUGAGCCGGUUUAAUUUUCGCAUUAAAAUCGAUUUGUGCAAAUACUACAAUGAUGUGCGUCGUUAUUGUUGGAUUUUCAUCGAUGGUACAAAAAUGUUGCAAAUCGCUCACCUAAUGGAGCACAUCACGAAACUGUUUAGCAUUAAAGAACCAUUCCACUUGUUAUUGAAUGAAACUGAUUAUUUACCACCUAAUGAAGAUAUAAGAAUACUGAAGGAGAACGAAACGAUACUGGUCUCUCCUGGAUCUGGAUUGAACAAUGAUACAACUAUAAAUAAUGUAAUCUUAUCAGAGUCUAGGUACAGGCAAGAGGUAGAAAAUACUCCUGUGAAGCAAGAGAGAAUCGGUAACUCUGUUCAACACAAACAAAUGCAAACUAAUUUUCCUAUAGCUGUGUCAAGUCCAGCUCGAGAGACUUUACCUACUGAUACCGCAAACAAAUCAGGAAAUGAUGUUUCAGAAGUUAGCAUAAUGUCCUGUGAAGGAGAAGAUAGCGAAGUAAACAGCAUAGCUGAUUCAAAAACUGCUGAUUUAAGUUUAGCUAGCGAUAGAAGUACUAUAAUAGAAAAUAUAACAUGUUCAAAAAGAAAACGAGUACGGCACAGAAAGAAAAAGCAGCAACAAGAAAUGGAGCCACCAUUAAAAAAGAAAGAAGAAACUAAUUUAAAACCUAAGAUUAUAAACUCUUGCGUAGUUUCUACUGGCAAGCAUAUUCGUUUUAAUAAUGUAGAUACUGAAGGUGCUGAAGAAGUGCAAUCAGACACGAUAGACAGACCUGCAUCAUUAUCUACAGCUAUUAGCAAACUCGCCAAUUUACUAGCAUUGGGUGAAAGCCCUGCUCCACUUACCUUUUCGAAUACCAGGAUAAAGCAAGAGGUGAAAACGGAACGCACGUCUGACGAAGAGGCUGUUCGAUUCAAUCCUUCAUCUGAAAACACAAAUGAGAGCACAGCUGUAAUUAACAAUAACAUACUCACACCUACAGAGAUCGAACAAUAUCCACCUAUGACGACGAAACCACAGUUAAAAGACGUUAUAGCAUUUAAGAUGCUCAAAAUUGGAUCAGAUUAUUCACCACAAAUAUCGAAUUACAUCGUGGCAGAUGUUAUUUCUUAUUGUCCAAAAUCGUCGAUGUACACUUUGAAAGUAUCUCAAGGGAUAUCGGAAGUACAAGUGCCAGUUGGGAAAUUCACGAUUAUUGAAAAUGAAGAGGAGCAGGAAUUAAAAGAUACAAUUACAUUGAAUUAUGUGCAAAUAAUGGAACCUCGACUGAUAUCAAGAUCCCACACGAGCAACGUAGCAAGCCCAGUUAAUUGUACAGAAUAGAUACAUAUUUGAAAAUAUUUUUUAAACUGUAUAAUGUUAAAUGAAUUGUAAUGCACUGUCUUAUUAUUAUAUUGACAAACAAUUUAUAUGUAA